GCAGGGGUUGGCCAAAAACAGCUCAGAGGGACGAGCAGAGCACAACAGGACCGAGAGGGGGACAGAGGGACUUGGGGGAAACUGGAGCAACAACCAAUAUGGCCAGUAAAGUAAUGGACCUGAUCUACUGGAAGGACACGGAGCGAACAGGCAUGGUGCUAACAGGGUUAGUGGUCGGCCUGCUGUCCCUGUUCCAGCUCAGCAUCAUCACUGUGGUCUCCACAGUCUCCCUGGCUGUCAUGUGCUUUACCAUCUCAGUGCGCAUCUACUACCAUGUCCUCUACAUCCUCAGCUGGGGCGAUGGAGAACACCCCUUCAAGUCAUACUUGGACCUGGACAUCAGUUUCAGUGGAGAGGAGGCUGACCUCUAUAUGCAGAAAGCAAUCGUCAUGGUUCUGUCUGCUGUUGACACUCUGAAAGGACUCUUUUUUGUGGGAAACCUCUUUGAGUCCCUCAAGCUCCUCGUCCUGAUGUACCUUGUGACGUACCUGGGAGACCUGUGCAAUGGCCUUACUCUGUUCAUCAUCAGUGUGAUCGCUCUCUUUUCUCUGCCACUUUUCUACAGACAACGCCAGGAGCGGGUGGACAGCUUCAUUGCAAAAAUCCAGGCCCGCAUUGACAGUGUCAAGGACACCUUUCAAAGACUCGCCCAAGGGGGUGGCCCUCCUCCUGACCCAACUCCCGGUGGCGCCAAACCCAAGACCCAGUAAACACUGAUGGACAAGAACUUAAAGAAAAGCUCCCAGAGUUACAGGCUGCCACUUAGAUGUCUUACCCAGCUGUCUGUGCUCAGAGCUCCAGAGACUGGGGAAGGGAAGGGAGGUUACUUAAACAGACAAUGAUGAUGAUCACGCAUGGUACUUUAUACUCUACCUGUAUCUAAGUUAUGGGGUUAGAGGUUCAGGGUUUGGGUUUAAAUUUAAUCAAGAUGUAUGAAUCCUGGAUGAGACACUUGCAUGUGACCAUCCUUGGAAAACAUUUUUUUUAAUGUCUUAGGUGGUUUAGAGCUGUCGUCCAAAUGAGGUACCAAGACCAGAAAUGGGAAGUUCCCACACCAACUGCUAGAAGCCAGUUGUGAAGGUGAUUUAAGUGAGGGGACAAAAUCUGGGGUCAUCAUUAUUCAUGGCAGCAUAAAACUAUUAAGGAUGCAUGUGUCAGCACAUGUACUUUUCUGAAUGCAUAUUCAUUCUCAUGACAGUUUGUGUGUGAAUGCAAGUAUGAUUGUGUGUGUGUGUGUGUGUGUGUUUGUGUGUGUAUGUGUGUAAUUCCUGUCGUACAGCUUGCUGAAAUGAAACCUAAAAGCAAUUAAAGUCACAUUUCUUCUUUA